UGUACCAAUAUCUCAACCCUAUCCCCUUUCCUCACUUGAAAAAAAAAAUGGAUUUCUCCAAAAAAACAUCUCUUCUUUUCAUCUCUAUACUUCUCAUAAUUUCUUCAAUCACUCCCAUUCUUGGUUGUAACCAUUGCAAAAAACACAAGAAACCCAAAACUACUCCCAAUAUUCCACCUAUUAAUAAUAUUCCAUCACCACCAAAAGAGACUACUACUUGCCCUAUUGAUACACUUAAACUUGGAGCUUGUGUUGAUCUUCUUGGUGGGCUAGUUCAUAUUGGGAUUGGUAAUCCUGUUAUUAAUGAAUGUUGUCCAAUUAUUCAAGGGCUUGUGGAAAUUGAAGCUGCAGUUUGUCUUUGUACAACUCUUAAGCUUAAGCUUCUAAAUCUUAAUCUUUAUGUCCCUUUGGCACUUCAACUCCUUCUAACUUGUGGCAAGACUCCACCUCCUGGCUACACUUGCUCUUUGUAGACUUUUUGAGGUUACAAGCUAAGGUUUGCACUUUGGAGUAUUGUAUGGACUAUGUUCGACAUGAGAUGAUGUUUUAGUUUCUGAUUAAAAUUGUUUUCACUUUCCAACAACCCCCACACCAAAUUGUAUCUCGUGAUCGGU